CAAGCUCGGCCGGAAACUCCGCUCCAUUUCCAUUACAAACUCGGCCCUCGGAGUGCGGGGUUUUUCUCAGCAGUGUGCAGCACAAGGAAAGGUUUGGGAGCAUGUUAUGGCCGCUUAACCUCCUCUAGGUAUUCGGGUUCAGUUCUCCAGCUUCGUUUGUCCCGUUAUUUCAGUAAAGACAGAGUUUUUCCUCUCUGUGGUGCAGAUGUAUGCGGCUUGGCGGCUGAAUUUUCUUCUCUCACUUUUCUCGGGACUCUUGUAAACAUGCAGCCCCCGCCAAGAAAGGUGAAAGUGAGUCAGGAGCUGAAGCACGCUCACGCAGAGCAGCUGAGCAAACUUAACGUGAAACAUCAGACUGACUGUGACCUUCUGGAAGACCUGAGGACGUACAGCCAGAAGAAAGCAGUUAUAGAGAAAGACUAUGCACAGGCACUGCAGAAGUUGGCUUCUCAGUAUCUGAAGAGGGAAUGGCCCGGGGUCCAGUCAGAAGAGCAAAAAGACUACAGGAACGUUUGCAUAGUAUGGAGGGCGUAUCUAGAGGGUGUAGUGAAAGUGACCCAGUCUCGGAUCAGUGGCUGUGACAGCUACAGGAGCCAGAUUUCGGAGCCUAUCAAGACUUUCCGAGUGCACAAAGAGCAGCAGCUAAAAAAGUCUAUCGAGCAGCUCACGCGGGUUCAGGCCGAGCUGCAGGAUACGGUGAAGGACCUGACCAAGUCCAGAAAGAAGUACCAGGAGACGGAGCAGAUGGCCCAGGCCGUGAGGGAGAAAGCAGAUAUGGAGGCAAAGUCCAAACUCAGUCUGUUUCAGUCCAGAUCCAGCUUAAAAAGAGCAAGCGUGAAGUUGAAAGCCAAGAGAAAUGAGUGUAACUCCAAAGCCACCCAUGCCAGGAACGAAUAUCUGCUUACUCUGGCCGCAGCCAACGCCCACCAGGGCCGUUACUAUGAGACAGAUCUGAUCAGCUGCAUUAAGAUCUUGGAUGGCAGCGUGUAUGAACACAUGAAAGGCUAUCUGAUUUCACUGUGUCAGACCGAGCUGGAGGCAUCCCACGUCGUUCAGGACACCUUCAACUUCCUGCUGGAGAAGUCCAGUGGGGUUAUGCAGGACUUUCACCAGGAGCUCUUUAUCCAAGAGAACCCUGUGUUUCAGAAAGCUUCCUCCUUCAACUUUCAACCCUGUGACAGUGAUUCUGUAACGCAGUUAGAGAAGGAGAACGGCACGGCAGAGGAGCACAGUCUGAAUAAAGAGGCACGGAAGUGGGCCACCCGCGUUGCCAGGGAACACAAGAACAUAAUCCACAGUCAACGGUCUCUAUCAGAGUGUGAAGGGAUGCCUCAGCAAGAGCAGAACUCCAGUGAAUUAGAGCUAAAGAUGGAGGAGGCGAAAGAGAGCAUACGAAAAGCAGAGACAGUGAAGCUGAAGGCCGAGGCUCGCCUGAACCUGCUGAGAGACGUGGGUGUGGCCGUGGACACCUGGAUAAAGAGCGCCAUGAACCAAGUGAUGGAGGAGCUAGAAAAUGAAAGAUGGGCCACAAUGACAACUCAUGAUGCUUCUCUUUCUAGCACAGCAGAUUUUGACAGAGAGGAGGACGAGGAGACGGAGGACAUGGAAACUCUAGAUGAUAGCAGCUCCAGUCCCUCUAGCACCUUGAGAAACUACCCGCUGACCUGCAAAGUGCUUUACUCGUAUCAGGCGUCACAACCAGAUGAGCUAACUAUUGAGGAGCAGGAAGUGCUGGAAGUCAUAGAUGAUGGUGAUAUGGAAGACUGGGUUAAGGCCAGAAACAGAGCAGGGCAGGUGGGCUAUGUGCCUGAGAAGUACCUGCAGUUGCCCUCCUCUAACAGUCUACUGAGCAUGCUUCAGUCCCUGGCAGCUCUGGAGACACGCUCGCACUCCUCCAAUAACUCCACCGAGCAAGAACCCGAGUCUGCCACUGAGCAUGCCCAGACCAGCCCCAACGGAGACAACAGCGUGCACUUUGCGAAGGCAUUGUAUGAUUAUGAGGCUCAGACUGAGGACGAGCUCUCCUUUCCCGAGGGAGCCAUCAUCCGCAUUGUGAACAAAGACAACCAGGAGGACGACGGCUUUUGGGAGGGCGAGUUUAACGGCAGCGUAGGGGUCUUUCCUGCCGUUCUGGUGGAAGAUCUGGCCGCACCAAAUGGCGAGGACAAGCACACGGGCGUGGAGACACAGUCUAUGACCCAGUACCAGCCUUCGUCCUGCAGUAGUCCUGUCUCCAGUCCUCUUGCCACUCCCACUCUGCCCUCUCCCAUCUCCAGCCCAGCCAGCUCCUCAGCCUCCCCUCUCGCCAGCCCACGCUCCCUUAACGGCUACCACAGACCAGCCCCGGCACCCCCCAAAGCACCCAGCAACAACCACGCCCACAACUCCACACCUCCACCCAGGUACCCUGCAGACAGCAAACCAGGAACACUGAGGCCUGUGCGUGCUGCACCUCCACCUCCCAAACAGCAGGCCCAGGGUCAAGUGCAGAAGAAAGAAGAAGUCGAGAUCACGCUGGUGUAAAGACGCCGCCCUGGUGGUCGCUCCCUUAUUUCACUUGACCGCCGUGGCAGACUCUCAGCCUACUCCGGGUGGAGGAACGCUUCGGGGUUGGAACAUAUCAAAAUGCAAAUGGUAGCAGCAAGGAAAAGCCGGAUGCAUCUGGAAUGCAUUUUGCAAACAGCUGAGUUUAACCAAGCCAGAGAUCCCUUCACGUGAUCCGCUUCCAUCUUCCCUCCUCUGUUUUGUCUUCUGUAUUGAAGUCAAUAGCUGAGUGCUGAGCACGCUGGGGGAUCGGUGACAACCAGUGGAUCAGCAGUCAGUGGAAAAACCCUGUGGUUUUCAUUUCAAGUUUCAAAUUUCAGAUGAAUUUCUUACAGCUGACGUUUGACUCUUCCGUUUACUUCCUGUGGAACAGAUUCCCAGUGUGACAGGAGCUGGCCUUCCCAGCCGAGAACAUGACUGGAAGUAAAAUAGACUUCUUCAAGGGAAAAGUGGCAAUUUCAUUUCAGUGCAUUUGAAAUUAGUAUGAAUUUGUAAGUAUGUACGUGUGUAUGGAUGUUUUUUGUUGAAUAACUCUCUUUGUAAAACACUAUUUGAAUGCAGAUUUAAAAUAAGUAUGGGUUCACGACUAACACAUAUCGACCAUCUUGAAUCUAACGUGCUUUUUCUGUGGUUAAACAGUAUUUUUAUUUUUAGAAAUGUCCUUUAUGGUUUCAUAUCAGAACUGUCUGCUGACUUCGAAGGCUGUGGGAGGUUUCGUGAAAAGAGCUAGAAAGGUGACUUCAUAGCUCUCAAAGCAAGAGCAAGAGAGUGACUUAUUGAGAUAGAAUUUCCCUGGCAAGGCUCAAAAAGCACUUUAGUGUUCAGAGUUAUAGAGCAUUUCAGUAUUAUUGCUUGUGGAGUCCGCUUUGUCAAUAUAUUAUUUAGUUCAUGCUGCUAGUCCUGAUAGUUUAGAUUCCACCGUUUUUGGUUUAAUGUAAUUUAUUUCCAUGAAAUUAUUAAUAUGUAACACUCUUAUUCUCUAACACGAUUUUCUUUAAACCAGAUAGUUUACAGACGGCCUGAGGCAUAGAGGAAUACUAUACCUAUAACAGUCGUGUUCUGAGGUUCUGCAUUUGUUUUAUUAAUUGCAGGUUUAGAAAGGUGAUGAUUGUUUUGAAAUGUAGUUAGCUAGAGCAACAUUAAAACCUAUAUUUUUGUGUCUCUUGAGAUCUGUUGCAUGUAUUUUUUUUCAUGAGUUUACAGUUUAUUUUUCCCAUUUUCAAUAUCAGGUGUUUGAGUGGAUGUUUAUUUCUCAACGCUGCUUAAAGCACCCAAAACGAACUCUGUUGCCUUAACAACAGCAUCAAAAGAGAAAAGUCAUGUAUGUAUUUAUCAUGUAAAAAUGAUGAAUAAUAAAAGUGUAAAAGACG